CUUGGGGCCAGAGUAUUCUCACCUAUCUCCACCUCCUCCCUGGGGGUAGUCCAUUCACCUUCUGAUGGCUCUCUUAGGCAUCCUGAGGUGCUGUGUGGGUAUCCUCCAUUGAUCAACACAUAUCCAUUUAGUUGUAGUUCAAAGGGGGAGAGAAAGGGAACAGCUCACUCCACCAUGUUGCUGACACCCUGCCAUUUUUAUUUUUACCGUUUAUUGAGACUUCCUUUAUGACCAUGGAUAUCAUCUAUUCUGGUAAAUAUCUCAUGUGCAUUUGAAUAUGAUGAGUAUUUGAAAUUGUUGGAUAUGGUGAUUUAUGUGACACUUAGGCUAAUUGAUUAAUCUUGCUUAAAUCUUCUAUUUCCCUGUUCAUUUGUUUUGUCUGAGUGUUCUAUCAGUUGCUGAUAGAAGUGUGUUAAUACCCACAAGUAGCUUUCUUUACUGUGCUAUUUCUCCUCUUUGAUCUCUUGAUGUUUGCUUUCGAUAUUUUCAAGCUAUUAAGUAGAUAUAAAUUCCUGUUGAAUUAUAUCAUGUCUUGAGGUGGCUAGGCAUCCCCUUGAGGGAUAAGUUCCCCAGCAGAGAUCAUUACAGGGUUUCAAGGUAGAGGUGGCUAAAUUCCUCAGACAGGAGAGGUCUGGGUUCUCUCCCUGGUGAAGGAGUCUCAGGAAUAAUUGAGGGGAUCUAGAUACUCAGAAUCACUUAAGUCCACCUGGAAUUCCCCUUUGCAAGUGUCAAGGAUUUUUCCCUUCUCAGUCAGUAUCAUAAAUUUCCCUCUAGAGUCUUGGCGAAUCUAUGUACUCAGCUUACGUUGUGAUUCUGUAACUCCACAGUUGAAUUCGAUUUCCUGUGAGGUUGGCCAUGUGGCUAAAACAAAUGAGAGAUUCUUUUAGGCCCACCAUUAUCAGCUCUCUGAGCUGAGAAUUUAGAGCCUUGAGCUUAUUGUGCAAAUUCUCCAAUAGAAUGCAGUAUGGCCACCCCACCCCUCAGUCCUGGAGGUGACCUUAGUCAUCAUCAUAGCCCUCACUUAGUCCCCCACACACUUGCUUCUGUAGGAUGCUUCAUGACAACGAACAUGGGGUGGUAAUUUAAUUGAUUGUGAUGUCACUAUAUGCCCAUUCCCCACUGGACAGGAGUUCAGCAGUGCGUUAAAGCCAUGGACAUGCCCAAACCAAUCCCACAGUCCUGUUUUGUCUUGUCUCUCUUGGCAGCACUCCUGGUACCUAGUCCUGUAUCUGUCAAGAUCUAGUCCAGAAACGAGAAACCCAGCAAGUGUAAUUAUUAUAGGGAAUUCUUGAAAGGGUGUUAGAGGACUAAAACGAUAAAAAGGGCACACUGAGGAACACAGAGGUAUGAGUUGCCAGAAGGAGCCCCACUCCUAAGAAUGGGGGAACAAAGGGAAGUGAUUGGGGUUAUCGUAACCUAGAAACUCUCCAAGUGGGCCGCAAAGAUCUGGACCUUGACUGUAGAAGACAGAGCAUUGCCCAGGUGAUGCUGGCAGUUUAAGAACUCAGAAAAGGGAGACCGUGCAGCUGAUAGCUGUACCUCUUCUAAGGGCUUGAUGGAGCCGGUCCUGGGAAUGUGAUAACCAACUCUCACCACCGGAGCAAAGCACCAUUGCUGAGGAUUCACAGAAAGUAACGACAGCUCUUCUUUCUAUUUUCACUUUCAGCACUGCAGCUUUGAUGGUCCAGGUCUGCCAGGACAUAAAUCCAUAAGGGUCAGCGCUGCACCCUGAGCAGCUCAGAGGGAGGAGCCAGACCAGCAGUGCCUCAUGUUCUGCCCUCUUCUGUCCUGGACAGAUAGCUCCAUAAUGACAGCUCCAUGAUGGCAAUGGGUAAGACCCUGGUGCACAUCAGGGUCACUCUUCUGCUGCUCUGGUUUGGGGUGUCUCUGUCCCUUUCUGGACACUCUCAGUCCAGGCCCUCUCAGCGCUUCUCCUCCCCGGAAUCGGUGAUCCCCUUGAAGGUGACUGGCAGCAGCAGAGAUGCAGAGGCUCCAGCCUGGCUCUCCUACAGCCUGCGGUUUGGUGGCCAGAGACACAUUGUCCACAUGAAGGUCAAGAAGUUCUUGGUUUCCAGACAUCUCCCGGUGUUCACCUACACAGACCAGCGUUCCCUCCACCAGGAUCAGCCUUUUGUUCCUGAUGACUGCUACUAUCAUGGUUAUGUGGAGGGGGUCCCCGCGUCCCUGGUUGCCCUCAGUACCUGUUCUGGGGGCUUUCGAGGAAUGCUACAGAUAAAUGGACUUGCUUAUGAAAUUGAGCCAGUUAGGUUUUCUGCCACAUUUGAACACCUGGUCUACAAGAUAGAUGAUGAUACACAGUUCCCACCUAGGAGAUGUGGGUUAACAGAAGAAGAAAUAGCACGCCAAUUGAAGUUGCAAGAGUCAUAUGAUUCCACUCUGAGGCAAAGUUCUUUUACAGGCUGGUGGACUCACUUGCGGUUUCUUGAGCUAGUAGUGGUCGUGGACCAUCUUCGAUAUGUUCACUCUCAAAGUAAUGUGUCCGUAGUGCAGACCGAAGUAGUUAGUGUCGUCAAUAUAUUAGAUGCGCUCUAUGGCCCUUUUGAGCUUGAUAUAAUUUUGACUGGGCUUGAGAUCUGGACUGAAGGAAACCAAGUUGCCACAGAUGACAUAUAUAGGGUUCUGGAAGAUUUUGGAUUGUGGAAGUAUUUACAACUUGAUGCCCGACUGCCACAUGAUAUUGCCCAUCUUUUCAUUAAAAAACACUUUGGCAUAACGAUUGGUCUUGCCUACGUUGGAGGAGUAUGCCAGAGUCCUCACAAUUCUGGAGUUGAUGUUUUUGAAGAUAGGAGUCUGCUUCUUUUUGCACUUCUUGUGUCCCAUGAGCUUGGUCAUAAUUUGGGUAUGGCUCAUGACGAUCAAUGGUGUGUAUGUGCACUUGAGUUUUGCAUAAUGUAUCCCUCCAGACAGGUGACAGAUAGAUUCAGCAAUUGCAGUUAUGCCCAGUAUUGGGACAAUAGUUUCCGUAGUGGAAUAUGUAUUCAGCCUCCUCCAUAUACAUGGGAUAUACUGCAGUAUUGUGGGAACCUAGUGGUUGAAGAAGGAGAGGAAUGUGACUGUGGAACCACACACCAAUGUAUAAAAGAUCCCUGUUGUCUGUUGAACUGCACUCUGAAGUCUGGAGCUACUUGUGCUUUCGGGCUUUGUUGCCAAGACUGCAAGUUCAUGCCAUCAGGGUCUUUGUGCAGACAACAGAUCAAUGAAUGCGACCUUCCAGAGUGGUGCAAUGGGACAUCGCAUCAGUGCCCAGAAGAUGUAUAUGUGCAGGACGGGAUUCCCUGUAAUGACAGUGCCUACUGCUAUGAAAAGAGAUGCAAUAACCAUGACAAACAGUGCAAGGAGAUUUUUGGCAAAGAUGCAAGGAGUGCAUCUCAGAAGUGCUACCAGAAAAUCAACACCCAAGGAAGUCGAUUUGGUCACUGUGAUAUCCAGGGCACAAUAUACGUAAGAUGUAAUGACUCUGAUAUCCUGUGCGGGAGAGUUCAGUGUGAAAAUGUGGGAGUAAUUCCUAAACUGAUAGAACAUUCUACAGUGCAUCAGCUUCACUUCAAUAACACUACUUGCUGGGGCACCGAUUAUCAUUUAGGGAUGUCCAUACCUGAUAUUGGUCAAGUGAAAGAUGGCACAAUGUGUGGUCCAGAAAAGAUGUGCAUCCAGAAGAAGUGCGUUGAGAAGGUUUCUCCUUCACAAGACUGUCAGCCUGAUACCUGCAGCAUGAAGGGGAUCUGCAAUAAUAAACAGCAUUGUCACUGCGACCGUGGAUGGGCACCUCCCUUCUGUACACAGGAAGGCGAUGGAGGUAGUGAUGAUAGUGGCCCACCUCCUAAGGCCCAGAAGCCAGAAGUGCAGGCGAAGUGGGGUUACCUGUUAGCAUUGUGGCUUAUUCCUUUGAUUCUUUUAAUUUUAUGUUGCUGCCUUGUGCUUUGUAUGAUAUGCACAAAGGAGGAAGAAGAGACUGAAGAAGAGACUGAAGAAGAGACUGAAGAAGAAACAGAAGACUAAGGCUCCUGCUUCAUCAAACAUAUCUCUAGUUUUCUUUUAGUAGUAGAGAAACAUUGGGGCAUGUCUGACUGUUUAAAGAAAACAUUAAUGGUCCCUCAUGUCAGGAUCACAAGCAUUAAUAUAACACCAAAGGAUUUCUAGCAUGUUCUUACUCUUCAGUGUUUAAAGCAAUAUUAAAAGUUCACUUUUUCUGGAAGUUACGUCUUUAUGUUUCCUGAGAAAAGACACAGCAAAGACACCUUUUAAAAAACUGAAUUAUAGUUGACAUACAAUAUUAUGUUAGUUUCAAGUGUACAGCAUAGUGAUUUGACAUUUAUGUACUUUACAAAGUGAUCACCACAAUAAGUCUAGUAACCAUCUGUCACGAUACAAAGUCAUUACAGUAUCAUUGACUAUAUUCCCUAUGCUGUACACGACAUCCAGAUAGAAGAUUUACAACUGGAAAUUUGCACCUCUUAAUCUCCUGACCUAUUUUGCCCAUCUCCCUAUUCCUCACCCUUCUGGCGACCACCAGUUUGUUCUUUGUAUCUAUGACUUUGUUUUGUGGGUUUUUUUUGUUUAUUCCUUUGAUUUCUUUUUUAGA